AUGCCUAAAAGAUUAAAUUUUCCUGGUCCCAAUAAAGAAGUCGUUGAAUUAGAAGAAACAAAUUUCUUCUUUAAAAUUGAAACCUUACUACAACCGAAGCACGCACGUGGUUUUUUUCUUUUAAAAGACUCUGAAGAAGAAUGUGACGUUCCAGAAGAAAUUAAAUAUAAUUUUCAAAACAUAAGAGAAGCAUGUGAGACAAAUUCUGAAGCUUUAAAAAAAAUUGCUGUAAUGUGGAAUACUAGUUCUGAGAAUCCAAAAAAUGGAUCGGG